ACCGAAUGAAAAUCAGUCUCUAUCUGUUCAAGUGUUUGCAAGGGAUGAUGGACGUAGUCAAGUAACCCGGCCUGUGAACACAGCUUUUUUAACGCGAUGUGGUGUUCCUCUAUAUUUUAGCAUAAGAAAAAAAAAUUUAAAGCAAGAAGCCGGGGACAAUCGUCACAAAUUUUGGCCUUCGCUGAUGUCCCUUUAUAAUGGUGGCGAUUUACAUUCUCCAUCAAGUUCAAGCGAAGCAGGAACCCCAAAAAGUCCACGAUUCCUAUUGCCAACCACAUCCAGUCAGACAUUUCAUAAGAAGCGGAAGAGACAACCCUCACCAACAAGACGUAGCAAAAAGGAUGAUAUACAGAAAGAUCUAGCCGUAACACCUGCCAAGGUGCGUGCGGUGAAAGAUUGGAUCACCGAAUCCUUGCGGACAAACACACAGAACGGGAACAAGCUUUUGAUUAUCAGCGGUCCAUCAGGGUGUGGUAAAAGCACAACGGUACGAACUUUGGCCCGUGCGAUGGCAUUUGAUAUACAUGAAUGGAUGCCGUUUGGUCCGACAACAAAAUGGAGUGAUUUAGAAGAUAAGCAAGACCAUGAGUCGAUGAUGUCAAAUUUCAUCGAGUAUUUAACACGUUCAUUACGGCAUGACAAGGCGCUCCGAAGUACGACCUAUUUUUAUUCACAAGAACGAAAGAAGGUUAUUUUGAUAGAUGAUAUACCAGACCUUAGCAAUGAAAGUUCAAGACAGCGAUUUCACAACUUUAUACGGAGUAUCUGCAAAAAAACUGAUACUCAUGUGCCUGUAAUUUUGAUGCUCACUACCAUCGAAGAGAGUCGCGGCGAUGAACCAGCUCAAGGUUAUAAGAGACAUACCUAUGACUUUUCAGAAAGAGGGGCCAUACCAGCGGACAUCCUACGGUCCGCAUUCUGUACAAAAAUUCAAUACACUUCAAUCACUCCGAAAAAGCUUACAAAAAUAAUCUCGUCAAUAUACAAAUGUGAGGCGCUAGAGGCAUCAAUAGAUUUUGAGGCAAUUGCAGCUGUGAGUAAUGGAGAUAUCAGAAGUGCUAUCAACAACCUUCAGUUUUACGCCACUCCAAAGCAACAUAAUGAUAAUAUUGGUCAUUUAGAGGCGAGUACGAUGAGUCGAGAAGCAUCUCUAGAUCUCUUUCACGCAAUCGGCAAAGUUCUAUAUGCCAAAAGGACGUCAAAGGGAAUCUUAGAAUCAAACCCAGAGGUAAUUAGCAGCUUAUAUGUGACUACCGAUAGAUUAUAUCUCUUAUACCAUUGGUUGCUAUUGUUAUUAGGAUAUACUUGCUUCCCUUUGUGUUCCGGAGCAAACAUUCAUCUUAUGGUUACAUCAGAAUUAUCCUCCAUUCAUGGAAGACAUGGAUUCGUGUGCUAAUGCUAUGGAUUAUCUAAGUUUGGCCAACCAUCUUGCUUCUUUCGGUGAAGGACAU